AUGUAUGAACUGUUAAUAGAUAAUACCAUGGAUUCAUUUACUAAGAAAGCAAUUAGCUCUGAAUAUAAAAGGUACGAGUCCCGUUACCAUGCUCUGGCCACGAAGAUCAAAGAGCAUGUGCCAGAUGCAGAAAUCUCUGGUGACAAAGGAAGGAAAACUUCCUUUGAAAUUACACUGAAUGACCAGCUCAUAUUCUCUAAACUGAAAAUGGGUGGAUUUCCAUUUGACGAAGAUGUCAUACAGGAAGUCAAGAAAGCAAGUCACGGAGAACCUGUUUCUUUGAUCCAGAAGAAGAAGAGUGGCUGUAUCAUCAUAUAAGCCAAUAAUCCAAGAUUCAGAAAUGACUUCUUAAUUUUAAACUGGGAGGCAGUUCUUAGAAUGACUGCUUUUACCUAAACCUGCGGUGAAAGCAUGAGAAACUAAAGAACUUUUUCUCAAAUUUGAAAUUGAAGAGUCCAUUUCUGAAAACUUCUUAUAACCUUGAAACCAAACGAUGAUUGAAUAUUGAAAGAAAACCCAAAACACUGUGCUAAAAAUACAAAUAAACUAAUAAACAAAACUUAGCGAUA